AACCAACACACACUAGAUCACUCCCAUAACAGGUUCAAAGCAAUGUACAAAGCCAUGAAUGUCUUGUUGAUCUGGGUUUGUGGUUUGGCUACUUCUGCAGUGCUGGCAAAGCAAACUUUUCACGGUGACAAGGUGUUCCGUGUCAAACUUCAGACAGAAGAACAUGUAGCACUCAUUCACAAAAUGAAGGAAAAAAUCAAGCUGGACUUCUGGCACCCAGACACAGCAGACCGAAUGGUCCCACACAUGGAUGCUGACUUUCGUGUUAACAGUGAUCAGGCACAUUCUGUCAGCAUUCUUCUGGAGCAGUUCUCAGUACCAUAUGAAGUUUUGUUCCACGAUCUUCAGGAAGGUAUUGAUGCACAACUGGACAACAAGAAGAUUCAGAAGUCAAAAGGACACAGCUAUACAAAGUACAAUACAUGGGAAAAGAUUGUUGAAUGGACAGGGAACCUUGCCAAGAAAUAUCCUAACCUUGUCAAAAAAGUUGACAUUGGAAAAACGGUAGAGGGCCGUCCCAUGUAUGUUCUGCAGGUGGGAAAUGCAAACUCUGCAACAAAAGCAAUCUUCAUGGACUGCGGAAUACAUGCACGGGAAUGGAUCUCACCAGCAUUCUGUCAGUGGUUUGUUAAAGAGCUUAUUAAAGGUAAAAACAACAUAAGAGAACUAGUGAAGAGCCUUACCUUCUAUAUUCUACCUGUAUUUAACAUUGAUGGCUAUGUUUGGACAUGGACAGAGGAUCGCAUGUGGAGAAAGAAUCGAUCCCCUUCAGAUGAUGGUAACUGUGUGGGUACAGAUCUCAACAGGAACUUCAACAUUUCAUGGUGUGACAUUGGCUCUUCGACUGAACCAUGCAGCGAAAUCUACUGUGGAGCAACUGCAGAAUCUGAGAUAGAAGCCAAAAACGUGGCUAAUUUUAUCCGAAGUCAUGUGGAUUCCAUCAAAGCCUACAUCAGUAUCCACUCCUAUUCACAGAUGUUAUUGUACCCUUUCUCCUACACGUACAACCUUGCACCCGAUCACAAAGAACUGGAUGAAAUUGCUAAAGGAGCAGUAUCUGAACUGAAAGGCCUUUAUGGAACAUCGUACACAUAUGGACCUUCUGCUUCCACAAUUUAUCCUACGGCUGGCUCAUCUGAUGAUUGGGCUUAUUCAGUGGGAAUUAAGUAUUCGUUCACUUUUGAGCUGCGUGACAAAGGCAAGAAAGGCUUUCUCCUCCCGCAAUCCCAGAUAAAGGCAACCUGUCAAGAAAGUACCCUGGCAGUUGCAUAUAUAGCCAAAUAUGUUCUUGCUCACUCUUCAUAAUUCAAUAUAUAUAUAUAUAUAAAAAAAAUUUUGGUCUUUUUCAUUCUUAUACUAAUUUUUAAGUAUGUAUUACCAACAUGUUUUUCCUCAAAUUAAAUAUAUUUUUUCCCCUGCA